AAAAAGUACUAUGCUUUGUGCCCUCUUAAACCAGCUAAUCUGGUGGGAUUCGUAGAACACGAAGCAUAACCCACAAUGUGUCCAAAACCUCUGGUAAAAACAAAGUCCAAACUUGCACCUUAUAGCAGUCGUUAGUUUCUUCUUUUUGGCCUAUCUAUUCAUUCAAAACACCAACCUCUAAACUCUCUAACCUACCAUUUCCAAAAGAAAGAGCAAACUCAUUUAAGAAAAACAAGGACAGAAAAAGAAACACCAACACCAGGCUUUUGUACACUUUUGAGUAUUAUAGAGUCCAUAUUGGUGACAACUGAGAACCCCCACCAAAUUCAUCUCCGUCUCCCUUCAGCGGCACACAGCCAAAAGAUCAACUCCAAUGGAAGUUUCAUGCAAGAUUCUAAGAAAAUCAAUUCACAGUUUUCUUCAAAACUAUCAUUACUUCACCUCAACAGCAGCUUUUCUUGCUUUUCCUUUCUCAGCUUCAAUACUUCUCUCACAAGCUUUAGUUCCUGCCCCUUCAUCCCUCUUGCCUCAAAUCUACACCCGCCUACGGACUCUUUUUGAUGCUGCAGGCUUUCCUUCGUCACAAUUGUUUAGCAUUCUUAACCUCAAGGUUUCUCAAACAAUCACUUCUUCAAUCCUCACCCUUCCCUUCACUCUCACCUUUCUCCUCAUUGCAAAAGCAUCCAUAAUCAAGGCUAUCAAUCACCACAAACCAACUUUGUCACGUUCCUUCAGUUCAAUAAUAUCCCUUUACAAGCCGCUCCUUCACACCUAUAUAUGCAACUGUUUCUUGAUUCUCACGGCAAAUGCAACUUCUUUCUGUCUCAUGUUUUUGGCCUUCAGCAUCACUGAAGGACUAGGCUAUUCUUCCCAUGGUUGCCUCAUUCUCUUCAUGUCAGCAUCUGGGGCUGUUCUAUUUUCUGUGAUUCUAGCCAAUGCGCUUGUCAUAUGUAACAUGGCACUAGCUCUAUCUGGCAUGGAGGGACAUGGAGGAUACCUUGCAAUUCUGAAAGCUUGUGUUCUGAUAAGGGGAAGGACAUCAAUGGCUUUGUUCUUGGCACUGCCUGUGAAUGUUGCCUUGGCUGCCAUUGAGGCCUUGUUCCAAUUCCGGGUUGUAAGGCCCUAUCAUGUUGCUGGAAAGGCAAGGCCUUGUGUGGCUUUGGAGGGCAUUUUCAUUGCUUAUCUAUACUCAAUCUUCAUCAUACUUGACACAAUUGUGAGCUGCAUGUUUUACAAAAGCUUUAAGACAGGAUCACGGAUUGGUCUAGAGGAUAGACAUUUGUUCAGAAUAGAAUUCCAAGAUGAGGACAAAUAUGGUUACAUGGGCACCAAGAAUUUUGAAGAACUACCAUAAUUAAUAUGGAGUGACAUAUUAUUGAUUUGGUCAAGGCUUUUCUUCAUGGAGGAGAACGAGCUACCAGCUAUUUUAAACGAGUGUUCCAGGAAUUUACAAAAUUCAUUUAUGUUGCUUGAAAUAGAGCAACUUUGAAGACAAAAAGAUUUUCAACUGAGCAACCUCAGCUCGGUUAUGUGGGAAGGCCAGGAAGCUAGAGAUUAGUGCAACAUUAAAUGUAAUUCUGUUAUAUUCUUAAACUCUUGUCUUUUUUAUUUCAUCUCUUUUACGUACAGAUUGGAAAAUGGCAAUCUUUUACGGUGUGAAUAAUACAAAUGGAAGCAAGCCAUACAUUGUUUUUGUUAGUGCAAUUGUCACCGUGGCUUU